AUGGUGUACAUACGGCAGGACAAGCUCCCGAAGCUUAAGGAGUACAAGUACUCUGGGGUCGACCACAGUCUGGUAUCGCGAUAUGUCUUGAAGCCCUUCUACAACCAUGUGGUGAUAAACUGCUUUCCGAUGUGGAUGGCGCCGAAUCUUAUCACGCUAUCUGGAUUCGGGUUCGUCGUCGCGAACUUCCUGACGAUGCUAUGGUACACGCCGACGCUAGAUCAGGAUUGCCCGCCGUGGGUGUACGCAAGCUGGGCGAUAGGACUGUUCUUGUACCAGACGUUCGAUGCGGUGGAUGGUAGCCAGGCCAGAAGGACACAUCAGAGCGGGCCGCUAGGAGAGCUGUUCGACCACGGUGUCGAUGCGAUCAACACAACGCUGGAGGUCUUGUUGUUCUCGGCAGCAAUGAACCUGGGACAGGGCUGGAAGACGGUGCUCACGCUGUUUGCUUCGGUCUUCACGUUCUACGUCCAGACUUGGGAGGAAUACCACACGCAUACGCUUACGCUUGGUCUCAUCUCCGGACCUGUCGAGGGCAUUCUCACACUUUGCUUCGUAUACGCAGCCACGGCUGUCCUCGGAGGCGGCAGCUACUGGCAGAAAUCACUGCUCCAGAGCGUCGGCGUCCAGAAUUACGACUUCAUCCCCAACGUGCUUUACAACCUAGCCUGGAACGAAUGGUACAUGGUCUACGGCACCGUGGUGCUCGUCUUCAACACCGUUUCCAGUGCCCUCAACGUAAUGAAAGCCCGCCGCGCCCGUGGCCAACGCACCCGCGUCGCCCUCCUCGGCCUCCUCACCUUCGCCGCCGCCUGGGUCCUCAUCCCCGCAUACCUCUACCUGCAACCCAAAAUCCUCCACAACCACCUCGUCCCCUUCAUCUUCUACGCCGGCCUCGUAAAUGCCUACUCCGUCGGCCGCAUGAUCAUCUCGCACCUGACCAAGUCCCGCUUCCCCCGCGGCAACGUGCUCAUCUACCCACUUAUCUACGGCGUCGCCGACUCCCUGGGCCCGUUCCUGCAAGAGAAGCUCGGCUUCGGAUGGCCGAGUGCCCUGGGCGAUGACGUGUAUCAGGUAGCGUUUGUGUUCCUGUGUCUCGGGUUGGCGAUUGGCGUCCACGGUAGCUUCGUGAUUGAUGUCAUCUGGACGAUUUGCGAUUAUCUGGAUAUUUGGUGCUUGACUAUCAAGUAUCCGUAUCAGCCGGUGAAAGAGAAUGAUGAGGAGGUGAAGAAGGGGCAGUGA